AUGUGGAACAGCCUCUCCAACUUUGCCCAAAAGGCGCAGGUCUUUGUCGACCAGAACCUGCAGACGGCCGUGACCAACCUCGCACCCUCGGACAACCGCUCGUCCAAGGCCGCCCUGUUCCGUCACCAGUUCCGACUGCCAGACUCGCAGAACCCGCUGUACGAGAUCACGGCCGAGUUGACCCUCCCACCCAAGACAUCCUCGUCGUCAAAGAGCCCCACAGACACACCACGCAAGAGCCACGAGCAGCGCAACAAUUGGGACCGCGAGCGUGGAAACCACUACGUCGGCCGCUUGCACCUAUCCGAGAAGUUCCUGUGCUUCUCUACGCAGAACUCGAGCUUCUCUCCUACUGCGAGCACAUCGCUGUCUACUGCUUUCACGGGCCAGACCAACGGCGCAGGUCCUGCUGGCAAUGGCUUCACGCUUCCGCUGUGUGCUGUGCGCCGCGUCGAGCGUCUGCACAGUCAGAGCUACAUGUUCGCCCUGUCCAUCACCACGUGGAAUGGCUAUCCUGCCCCCGACGAAAAGAACACAAAACACACUGGCAAGACGGCUCCGCCAGCGCCAAAGCUCACAAUCCAGCUGGCUGGCAGUAGAGUACAAUGCGAGAAGUUCUGCGACAUGCUGAAGAAAGGAUUGCGCGAGGGUAUGCGCGAAGUUGAUGGCAUGCGCAAGGUUGUAGGAGAGUGCUACUCGGAGUACAUGUUGGCUGCUGAGGCCAAGCGUCGCAAUGACAAGGACACGCCUUCGGAAAAGUUGAUUGAUGAUCAGAAUUCGGAAGAACAGUUGAAGCCUCCGGAUGCUGGUCUAGGCAUGCAGUUCCGCUAUCCUGGUGACCCCAAGAAACUCAGAGACAAGGGCAAGAUGAGGUUGUGGUACGAACAGCCGGAUCUGCCCCGACUGGUCAGAAUCGGUCUUCCCAAUCGUCUUCGCGGAGAAGUGUGGGAGCUCACAUCUGGAUCUUUCUAUCUACGGAUGCAGCAGCCGAAGCUCUACCAAGAUACACUAGACAAGUACGAGGGUCAACAUUCGCUUGCUAUCGACGAGAUCGAAAAGGACUUGAAUCGUAGUCUGCCCGAGUAUCCUGGUUUCCAGAGUGAGGAGGGUAUCGGCCGUUUGCGUCGCGUUCUUACUGCCUACAGUUGGACUAACCUGGAAGUCGGCUACUGUCAAGCUAUGAAUAUCGUCGUUGCCGCCCUUCUGAUCUACCUCUCUGAAACCCAGGCUUUCUAUCUCUUGUCCAUUCUCUGCGAUCGACUUUUACCGGGAUACUACUCACAAACAAUGUACGGCACUCUUUUGGACCAGCGAGUCUUUGAAUCGCUAGUUGAGAGGACACUACCCAUUCUUUCCGAGCAUCUUGCCAAGUCGGAUGUCCAACUGUCAGUCGUUUCAUUACCCUGGUUCCUCUCGCUAUACAUCAACUCGAUGCCCUUGAUGUUCGCCUUCCGAGUCCUUGAUGUCUUCUUCCUCGAAGGUCCCAAGGUAUUGUUCCAGAUCGGUUUGGCCAUUCUCAGAGUCAAUGGUGAGGAAUUGUUGGACGCUACCGACGACGGCACUUUCAUUUCCGUCCUAAAGUCAUACUUUGCUCGUCUUGGCGAGUCAGCUCACCCCAAAUCUGAGAACCCCAAACUGAGAGCAGUGACAAACUUCCAGGCUUUAAUGGUUGUUGCUUUCAAGGAGUUCUCUGGCAUCACACAACAAAGCAUCUCUGAUUUGAGAGCCAAGCACAAGGAUGCUGUUCUUGACAACAUCGAGUCUUUCGCAAAGCGCACCUCUAUCAGAAACCUCGGUCCGGAGAGCAAGAAGCUGAGUACGAGCGAUCUAGGUUUCUUGUAUGAUCGCUUCUAUGGCGUGCUAUACGAACGUCAACAAAGAAUGGAGAUGAUCCAGCAAGAACAGGAGCGCAGAGCAAGGGCCGCCAAAACCAAGGCUGCUGAGAUUGUUAGUGGCAUUCCCAGCAAUGUUGAGAUGGGCAGAGUUGGCCUUGGCCCUAGUCCCACAGAGAUGGACUAUGACAGUUUCAGAGAGUUUUUGGCCGGUCUUGCUAGAUGGGCCAUCACAGACUCGCCCAGCUCAACAGACAAGCAGGAUUCCGAGAAGAACGGUGGGUACUUUGCUAACACAUUCCGCGCUCGCUCUAUCUCUCUAUCACCCUGGGGCUCUGGUCCGGAGCCUGCUGAGCACGAGUUUUUGCAACGUCUCUUCAAGUCUUGGGAUACCGACAACUCGGAUGCUCUCAACCUACAAAAGGUCGUUGCCGGUUUUGCUCGCAUCAAGGGUCCUCGCGAUAUCAUGUCUAACAUCAGUUACUUCUUUGAUCUGUAUGAUGAUGACAAAGACGGCAAGGUUGAUAGAGAAGGCAUUCUGCGCAUCUCGGAAGCUUUGCUCUUCCUGUCAAGACGUGGUAUUACCGGGUCUGUCACGCCAUCUGCAUCAUCUACCAAUCUUGCCGCUCAAGCCGAGAUUGGACCUGACGGCAUGCCUUUGAGAGGCGCGAAUAAGGAUGAGCAGUUCUUGAGCAGCAUAUCGGCCUUCAUUAGAAGAUGCUUCGAGUACGCCGAUCCAGACCAAUCAACGGCGACUACGGAACAGUCGUCUGCUCCAGCUACUACAAAGAUCGAGAAGGACUCGGAUGAUUCGGCUUCGGCCGCAGCAGAUAACCUCAACUCCUUCAGUAUUGGUGACGACGAAGACGAUGAGGAUGCUGAAGACGAUCUGCUCCAACUCAACGACGAGAAAUCGAAACCCGAGACCUCCAAACCAGAAGAGUCAACAACGGUCCCAUCCAUCACCAAUACCCCUGUCACUCCCAUCACAAAUACACCCUUCAACUUCGGCCAAACUACACCAACAACACCAAACCGAAACGCAGCCGCCAACAAAGCUCUCGACCCCAACCAUCCCCUCUUCAUCACCCUUCCAACCUUCCGCAUGCUCAUUCUCGCCGACGAGGCCCUUGAAACCUUUUUCGACUCGGGCUUCCCCAACUCCUUCCAUCUCGCUGAUGCACCUCUUCCCGCUGGUACCGUCUCCACAGCCAACCUCACCACCUUCAGCAACCUCCCUGCCAAAGUCAACCUGCCCAUCCUCAGUCCCGGCGGCCCUGGCGCUGGCGUCAUGGCACCAGGAAAAGGUCUCCGCGGUAUGCUGGACAACAUUGUCACCGACGGUAUGCGCGUAGCCGCCGAAGUGCGCCGCAGAAUGGACGAAGCACAAAAGGAAAUCGACCGAGGUGCUUCCACGCGUGGCACCGAGUCCGACGACGAAGAGGAAGAUGAAGGCGGCAGAGAUUUGUUGGAGGGCGCUGAAGUUGAUGCCGCGGCGCCGCAGACACCUGCCAAGACCGAGAGUUCUGCUGAGCAGAGUAUGGAGAGGGAGAUUGAGGCUGCCAAACAGGCGGAUAAGGGUAAAGGCAAGGAAAAGGUUGUUGAUGAUGUUCAGAAGAAAACUUUGACCAACUUCCAACCACAACAUCAAACCAACCGGCUGUCUAUCGCUCUACUGAUCCGCAAGCAUGGCAAAGAAGGAAGAAAGGCUAAGAACCCUGUUUCAACACCUUUCAAGCAGAGCUCCGUUACAAACGGUUCUGUUUCAUCUACCAGUGUGCUUGGUGCCCGCACAUUCAGGGACAGGUUCAACAAGGAGUGUGUCCAAAGAGAUGGCUUACGCUCAUUGCCUUGCUCUGCGAGCAACACUUCAGCUCCUACUGACACUACCAACACCCAUGCUACAAACACUGAGACUAUCAAUACCCAUGAUACCAACACUAACUCGGGCUCUUUGAGCGCUACUAAUGGCACUGAUCCCAACUCUAACAACCUUCUCUCCUCCAUCCAGCAACUUCGCUACCCUCACUCCGCUACAAGCAUGAAGAGUGCCAACUCUACCAAGGAGCCCAAGGCCAAUGACAUGGACGACUCACAGGUCUCCAUCCAUGAAGCUCCCCGAUCGGUGUCCAACUCAAAGCUUGCCACAUCAGCCAUGAGCGCCAUCAGCAAGAAAGGCCCUGGAGCCACCGCUUCCGUCCUCGCGAACGGCGCCCCAAAGGUUGCCAGCUCAAGCAACGUCCCUACCGGCUCCACUGUGGUCCCUAUGAACGCCCAUCCUCCCACCUCUACAUCCACCGGUGCAAUCAUCUCUUCUAUGCCUGUUGGUGCUCAGGGUACUGCUUCUACCCGUCUCGGCAACUCUACCACUGAUGCCAACCUCACUGCUAAGCUUGUGUUCACCCUCUCCCUCGCCAACACAAGCACCGACCGCCCUCCCACUCGCGCUUUUACACCCCUGCGUCCCAUCAACAACUGGAUCGCCGAAAUCAAGGCUGAGAAGGCUGCCAGAGAGCUAGAGAAGAAGGAAGCAGCUGACAAGAAGAAGGCAGAGAACGAGAUGAUCGCUGCUGCAAUGGCUGCUCAGAAGGAGAAGCAUAUCGAGGAGAGAGCCAAGCAGUUGAGAGAGAUGGACUGA